GGCGCAGAUGGGGAGGGGGGGUCGGAACCAGGCGUACAGUAAAAAGAGAGAGAGAUGUGCAAGAGUCUGCCAAUAAAAAUCGAUCUCUUCUGCUCUAAUUCACACACUAGCUCAGGUCGAUACAGCCUGCCUCUCUCUCCCCCGCUGCUCUCGUUCUCUCUAUCUCUCUCCACCACAUACACGUACGCUCGCGGCAGCCGCCAGCUUGUAUGCGUCCCUCCUCGCGCCAGAGAGUGGCCGCCUGGCUGCUCGCGCUGCCGUUGGGGAGCGGUGGAGAGGAAUGCGCGCGCCGCGGCCGACUGGAGAUGAUCUCGUUUUGGCUGCUGUGCUGGAAGCUGUUGAGAGCUACGACUGGGCUAAGGAGGACAACACCUGAGCUAACAGACGCUAACCACGACAACACUAGCUCCAGCCGCAAUAACCCCGUCUGCCCUCCCUCUCCCCCACCGCUAGUCAGUGCAGUUACCAUGGAGAUGAGCUCAUCAGCACCGCUAAGAGACAUAGAAAGAGAGAGCCUUUUUAGCUGCCACAACCAGGAAGAGGACCAACUGUGUCUUCCUGGGGUCCGUAGGGUGGAAGACGAGGCUGUAGGAGGAGAAAAUAGGAAAGGAGAUGAGUGUGACUAUCUCAUUUUUGAGAUGGGAGAUGAGAAAGGAAGAGACCUCAGUGAAAGUGAAGGAGGAGAGGAUGAAGGGAGAGGGGAAAUAGAGGGAGAAGAUGGAAACGAAAGAGAAACAGAGAGUGAUAGCUGGGGAAGAAGAGAGACAGAGGGAGACGAUGAAAGCAGAGAGAAUACAGAGGGUGGGGAGGUGGGGGGUGGAGAAGAGGGAGAAGAUCCAGGAACAAAAGAAGAGGAUAGCUGGAUCAGAGGAAUAGAGGAAGAGGCAAAAGAAGAUGUCCUUUCAGAUCUCCUCUUCCCCUCAGACAGUCUGCUGUGUCCUUCACCAUCUGAGCCACUAGGCGCCACCUCACAUCCUCUGGAGGCUGUGUCACAAGAAGUUUGGGGUCCCGACUUCACAAUCAGGGAUGACCUCAGUGACAGCCACCUCAGUGACUGCCUCCAAGCAGAGCGUGUCAUCGUGUACUCAGACAGCGAUGCAGGUGAGGACCAGUGGUCAGCUUUUGCCCCCUCUGACAUCACCAGCCAGAUCGAAGAGGAGAGGAAGAAAGAUGCAAGAUUUGAAGAAGAGGAGAAGGCCAAAAGAGAGGAAGAAGACAAUGAAGUCAAAGCAGAUGCAAAAAAUCAAGCGCAGAAGAGAGAGGUGGAGGAGUACAGGGUGGGAAGAAAGGAUGAUGAUGAAGACCAGAUGAGGUUGAGGAGAGAUCUUUUCCUACGGUCUCCUUCAGUCAGCUCCACAGCAAGCUCCACAGACCCUGACAAGAAGGUCCCUGUAGAUUUCUGCGUGCAUGAAGAGACCCAAAGUGAAAAUGUCUCUACUGAGCAUGUGGACUUUCUUUUGGCCCGUCAGCAGUGGAAGAAGAUGGAAGAAGAGGUCAAAGGUCAGCCUAUCCCAAAACCGGGACUGAGAGCUCAGGGGAGCUUCCAGGGCACCCACUCCUCACUGUAUCCCCCCACUCGCAGUCCCCGGCUCAAACACAGGGAAAUUCAAAUCCCCAUGCCCAGGGAACCUCCUCUGUCCUCCACCCUGUCCCCUAGCUCAGAGGACUCAGGUCUGGAUGAUUCGUCAUACCGCAGCACCCUGGAGGAGCCUGAGACUGCAGUGGAGAGAGAGAUCCGAUUGACUCUAGAGAGAGAGGAACGACACCGCAGGGAGAGGGGGAUGAUUGCACAUGGCCUCCCAAUACCCAGGCCAUCCAGCUUGCAGACAGGACGAUCUCCACCCAGACCUCCAGCCUGCCGCACCCCGACACUCUCCAUCUCCCCAACUCCUUCCUGUUCCUCGUCCCUUCCCCGAUCUGUCUACCAUGAAAUGACGGCUAACAAUGUCAUCAUCCUGGAGCCUGAUUCCUCUAGCCCUGCCUCCAGGAAUCGUCUGCUCUCUUCUGCAAUCGGCGGCCUUUCCGAUUGGCCAGCAAAUUCAGAUGCAGUGCCUUCCGCUAAUGUCAUUGUUGUAGAAACCUCCAAUCUGAUCAUUCGCAGUGCGUCUGAGUUCUGCCUAAGCUCCACCCAACUGUCCGUGGAACCGCAGGAGAGCACCUUCACGUCAAAUCCUUUUUUCAAGCUGCGCUCACUCAGCAGCCAGUCACUGGUGGAGCAAGAGAUCAGGAUGGUGAGGCAGAGGGAGGAGGAGUGGAAAAGGCAGAGGGAGGAGAUGUGGAGGAGGAAAAGAGAGGAGGAGUGGAAGAGAGGGAGAGAGCGGUACGAUACUGUUUUGGUGUCUCCGGGUCUGAGUGAUAAUGUUACGUACAACGUGUCAGUGGUUCCAGACAGAAGCGUCUCCUCCCCGUCAUCCCCCUCCAGGACCCGCAAAAUAGAGCGAUCCAGUUUGUCUUGUGACCACAAGUUCCCUCCUUCCCUCUCUUCAGUGCCUCGACAGCAAAAUGCCAUGGCACAACGAUGGGAGGCCUCCCUACUAGCCAAUCAGAAGAAAAGCUGAUAUUUCCGUGUGGUGUGUGCAUAUGUGCACGAGUGCAUACCAAUCCAUCCUCCUUACACAUGGGACUUACACAUGAGUGGCUCUGGCUUCUGCAGUAUGACUCCAGAGUACGUCCACUAGUUUGGAUAAAAGGUGCGUUCAAGUCAGCUCAGGAUGCAGGAUUUCUCUGUCACGGGGAACAACACCAGACAGGAAUGCAGCAGAUUGUUUGGGAUCACUUUAUUUUAGCUGUGCUACACUGCAGUGUGUUACUGAAUAAACUAUAUUACAGUAUCUCAAACUACCUAGCUAAACCUGCGAGUCACUGUGCAACCUGAAGCUAGAUCCACAGCUCAGUAGAUUAUAGUAGUUUGGCUUACCUUUUCUUUACCUUCUGCCCUACCUUCCUAAUAUUUUAAUCCUACAUUUACAACUUUUUAUGACAAUGUUAAAGUAAUACUACUUUUCAAGUGCUGAAGGUGUUGUUAGAUACUAUAAUUAGCUUUGUAUCCACAGUUGUUAUAGUUUCAACUUGAAAUUGAAGGCGAAGCUUUAAGUACCUUAAAUAGAAAGAUUGCUAAUAGAAGGCUGCAAAAAAACUUUCCCACUGAGUAUUUUUCACCAGCCACUCUGAUCAGUAUGCUAGUGGUAAUUUUUUAAAUAAGACAGAGGUCCAUUUUUAGGUGCUUGAUUGACAUGCUCCGUCUUGUGUGAUUAACACACUGGCCAGUUACUAAUAAACAUAAGGAACUAUGCUGUUCAGAUUUUUCACUCAGUUAAUAUUUUCCUUUAAAUCCAUGUAGCAAUAUUAGUGCUCAAAUGUUAACAGUGCAUUUGGCUCUUUGGUGAUGUAUCUCCUCCAAUCAGCUUCCAGCUGUUAACCGCCUACUCCACCGCACUGCACAUAUUCUGGCAAUGUUAACCUCCACCUGAAAAGAUGGUGUUGACCACAAAACCAUCACUGGCUUCAGUUAAGCUGUAAUAUAACAAUAACGGCCGUAGUGAACAGCAUCAGUCUUUAUACACACCCUUGUGGAACAGCUAAAAGCUGGAAAAGCUUUUGACUGGAAAGCUGGAAUUCUGGAAUGAAAGUAGACGACUUCAAUCCAAAGAUAAUGCUGACUGGCGUCUGACCCCUGACCCUGGAUACACUGUCAGUGACUCGUGGAAAUGAAGCAGUAGCAACCAUGCUACAAAGAAAAUAGUCCUAAUUUAAUAAAUCUGUCACAACUAUUCUUUUUUUUUUCCUCCCCAAAACAUUCAGUUUGCCUUACUCCAAAAUAUACGGUUAAGGUAGGUCUACCACCUACGAUGGCUCAGACCUUGUUAGAUUACCAGGAUAAUUAAUACAUCAGUGUUGUCCAUCUAAAGAUUUUUGUUGGAGAUUUAGUUCAAUUUUAUUUAUACAGCAUCAAACAACACUGUAAGGUAGACCCUACAAUAAUAAUGUCGGAUUAUUCACACAUAUAUCAGUUAUUACUGCUAGAAAUGGCCUUUUGCUGACCACAUAUUGGAAACUGAAAUACAGAAAACAAAUGCAACUAAAAAUUCAACUCAAAGUGCAAAAUGUACACCCCCACCCCCUGAUCAGAGGUCACAGAGGUCGCAGACUGCACUUAGAUGCUGUGUUAAUGCUUUGGGAAGUCUGAAUAUGCUGCUUAAAUCUCUGUGUUAUGAAUUCUGAGAUGUGUUGAAUGCACUCUGUGAGAACAGUAUGAAGGGUCAGCAUGUUUCUGUGUUGCUGUGAUACUGUAUUAUAACCUGGAUUACACUGUACUGUGCACUCAGUGAUCAGCCUGUAAUUUCAAGGAUUUGAGUCCACAUCCACACCUGGCUGCAGUUUUACUUUAAGUUUUGUUGUUUUUGCAUUUAAUUUUGUUUAGUUUUGGAAAUAAAUAGAAUUUAGAUUUCAGAUGUACUUCUCAGCUGGUGCAAAGGUCCGAUCUUCAGUGUGGAGUCACAGAUGUUUCCCUCAUACGUGUUAUUUAUGUGUAUUAGUUUGUUUGCAUCCACAUUCACUCAUUUAUUAUUGCCAAAUAAAGGUGUGGUGAUCUUAAAUAAAGCAUAACUCCUGA